AUGGAGGGAAAUCCAGAAGCCGAAUCCGUACGAGGGGACCGACCCCUCGAACCAAAGACAGAAGCAAAGGCACCAGCAGAUGUCGAUUUACCAAGCGAACCUCAAGGAUUCCAAGGCCACCUUGAAGUGACAAAUGAAGCUCAAGUUGAAGACUCAGCAAAAGCCCACGUCAAAUCAUGGAUCGAAGCCCAGAGCGAAACCCAACCCCAACAGCCUCCGUCCGAACCCCCAACUGGUGAUGCAGAGGGUGACAAUACUGUAGGUCAGCUGCCCCGCGUCGAAAAUGAUGCUUCCAGUACAGUGCCUGGCGUGAUUGGCACAGCAGCUGGAAGCGCUUCGACCAUGACCUUCGCUCCAGGCACAGACCGGCCAAACCCAGCACCACCCGCCGCUAAAGCUGGAGUUGGAGUUGUAGCUGGACCGGCUUCGAUAACUCCACGCGGUAGGGCUGCAUCAACUUCCACUGGCCCCUCCACCACAGCCGCCAGUCAUGGCUAUGUCCCUCAAUUUGUCGCUCCGUCAUCCUAUCUCAGAUGCAGGACUUCUAUCCGGAGCCCAAUGGCGCCCACUGAGCCAAAGCCUCUAAGUCCGUUGGACAGAGAUCAGUUGCAGGGUCUGAAUGCCAUUCGCGAUUUCCUCAAAGUUCGCACCAGCUACGAUGUUCUACCCUUCUCGUUUCGACUCAUCGUCCUCGAUACCGAUCUUCUCAUUAAGAAAGCCAUCAAUAUCCUUACGCAAAACUCAAUUGUAUCGGCUCCUCUAUGGAACUCAAAAACCUCUCGAUUCGCCGGUAUCCUUACCAGCACCGAUUUUAUCAAUGUGAUUCGGUACUAUUGCCAGUUUCCUGACGAGUUCAGCAAACUCGACCAGUUUCGACUCAUUAGCCUAAGAGACAUCGAGAAAGCGAUCGGCGCAAUACCCAUCGAGACGGUCUCGGUUCACCCUUCAAAGACGCUUUAUGAGGCCUGUCGACGCAUGCUCAAGACCCGCGCUCGACAAAUCCCACUCGUCGAUGUCGAUAGCGAGACUAACAAGGAGCUGGUCGUUUCGGUCAUCACCCAAUAUCGUAUCCUCAAGUUUAUCACCGUUAACAAUGAACACAACACGGUGCUGCUGAAAAAAACAGUUCGAGACAUUGGCCUCGGCACAUACUCAGGCAUCGUUACCGCCUUGAUGAGCAGUUCUGUGCUUGACGUGGUUCAUCUCAUGGUGAAACACAACAUUAGCUGUGUUCCAAUCGUCGAUUCACAUGGGCGGGUGCUGAAUGCCUUUGAGGCAGUUGAUGUCAUCCCCUGUAUCAAAGAUGGUGCCUACGAUGACUUGGACGGCUCUGUUGGUGAGGCGCUAUGCAAGAGAUCUGACGAGAGCCCUGGCAUUUAUACAUGCAGCGAAGGUGAUAGCCUAGAUUCCAUCUUUGACACAGUCCGAAAGAGCAGAGUUCAUCGUCUGAUAGUGGUUGACGAUGAGAAUAAGCUCAAGGGCAUCAUCUCGCUCUCAGACAUCCUCAAAUAUGUCUUGUUGUACGGAGUGGAGGACAUAAGCAACUGGGCUUGA